CUGGGAGAGGUCCUGGGAGUAGCGGGCUCGGUACCUUGGUUUGGUUUCCCCGGUCCAGCAGCUCGGUGCGCGUGCUCUUGGCAUGGUCCGUGUGCCGCGUGGGGGCCUUGGCUCAGGGGUUUAGCUCAGGUUCUGUACAGCAUUUCUCGUAACAUUUGGGGAGCCUCCGUGGACGAGCAGCUGCAGCAUUCUCUUUCUCCGGGGCGCUGUUCUCUCGAGGAGCGUUCCGUCAUGCUGGGGACCUGGGCGUAUCGACUGGUCGCGGUUGGGCAUGCGAGUCUGGCGAUCACGGUUCUCGAGCUAAACGAGUCGUGCAAGGCGGGCGACACGAAUGCGACAUGCGUUCUGAGUUUGGGUUCGCCUACCUAUUGGGAUACACAGGUGCAGCUGGUGUGGCAGGGAGACGUCGUGCUCCAAAGCUCAACGAGCAUAACUUCACAAGCUUGGAUGUCGAGCGUCAGCUCAAUCGAGUUCAACGUGACGGGCUCAGUGAGCUUACAGAGCGAUGUGCUCCUCAAGGCGACAGGUUCAGUCCGCAUUAGGGCGGACCGUUUCACAGCCGCUGACCGUGUCAGCGUAAUCUCUGCCAAGGGAGAGGUCUCGCUCGGUAGCCACACAUGCUCAAAAGGGGUCUAUAUCGAAGGUUUGUCAGUACAGUUGCAGGGACGGUCUGUGAUUUUGCAUUGUCGCGAAGGCGAGGUCAAAUUGGCGUCCCAGAACGGACGAGUUUUUGCGGAUGGCAAGGCGUCGCGGGAAGUGGGGAAGACGCGGAAGUUCCCGCAAUUUGAUCAUCAGAUUUGGAUCAUGGCUGGCACAGUCAUCCUUUCCGAUCCACUCACUACUCUGUUCGCCCAGAGAGUUGUCAUAGAUUCUAAGAAAGACGCGAUCGUGUCAGCCACCAUGGCGCGCGAGUUGCACAACGGAGAGAAGUCAGGUGCAGGUGGCGAAGAUUCCGAUAAGGGUGUGCAACAGGUAGAGAUAUAUACUCGAGCGUUUGGCCACCUGCACCUGGGAUGGAAGGGGAUGUCGUGGUUCGUCGACUACAUCUGGGCGAUUGGCGCGACAGUAACCCUGGAGUCCAGCUUCACCAUCCACACGGAGGGCCUGGACGGGUGCGAGAACCGGGAGACGAAGCUCCAGGACCUGUGCCCGGCGCUGCUGGCGGAGUGGCCGGCGAUCGGCGACUGGCCGAAGGAGAGAUAUUUCUUCGAGUCCGAUAUCAAGUUCGACGUGAUGCUCGCCGCGCGCGACGCCCUGGUCAUGAGCACGAGGUCCAAGGUUCAGGGGGCGUCCGUGCUGGCCUGCGCGAGUGGGAAGCUGCAGGUGAUGGACGGGGCCUCCCUGGACGCCAGCGGGCGCGGGUGCGAGGCGGGCGCCGACGCGGACGGCGCGGGCCACAGCGGGGACCGCGGCGGGGAGCCCGCCAUGACCUACCUCGGGCAGGCCCGCUGCAGCGCCGCGGGCGGCGGGGGCAACCUCGGGGACGGCGGCGCGGGGAUGCUGGUGCGCGGCGAGGUGAGCACCGCGUGCGCGCGGCGGGGGCAGCGGCGCGACCGCGCCUUCCUGCGCGAGCCCCUGGGCUGGCUGCCCACCGCGGGGGCGGCGGGCGGCGGGCGCGACCACUGCCGGGUCUCCUCCUGGUCGCACAACACGGAGAAGUGCGCGAUGCCGCCGGGCUCCAACGGGGGCGGCCUCGUGUGGUUGUCGGCUGGCGACCUCCGCUUCCACGCCGGGGUGACGGUGAAGGCAGACGGCCUCGCAGG